CAGGCGCCAGAGACUGCACAAUGAACGAAGCGCGGGGGUAUGAAUGAGAUAAACGGCUAGAAACGCAGAAAUUAAAGUGGUUUCUCACCACUUGAGCAGGGUCGUCCUUUAAGUUAGCCUCCUAGCAAAUUCACUGCUGCGUCUGCGACGGGCGCGCUGGCGUUUGUCGUGCCGUUUGCGGUGUGCAGGGAGUGCGCGGACCCCGGCAGAGCCAGCGGUCCAAGCCGCCAAAGACAAACGAGGACAGGGUGUAGGCGCAGAGCACAGCGCGGCACAGGUCGCAAGCUGUGAACAUUUCCCGCAACAAGCAAAUAUGGAAACUCGAAAGCGUGCGAGAGAAGACGCGUCAUGUCCUGACGUUUCCCAAACGCCGGAGAAACGUGCGGCCGAAGGGCGAGCUGGGGACGUCACGAGCUGGGACGUGGAGGGAGUGUGCGCCCACCUCCGCGUGGAGGGGCUCGCGGAGUGGGAAGGGACUUUUCGAGAGCAGAUGAUCACAGGAAAGGGACUACAGCACCUCACGAAUCUUCAGCUGGAGAAGAUGGGCGUAAAACCACUGGGAUCUAGACUUCGUGUCCUCCACUGCUUUCAGAAACUCUGGCAGAUUUCGACUAAAUCCAUGAAGGUUUUCAAUGACCCUAUCCAUGGCCACAUUGAGCUGCACCCUCUCUUGAUCCGCAUCAUAGACACCCCUCAGUUUCAGAGGUUACGGCAUAUUAAGCAGCUGGGAGGGGCGUACCUGGUCUUCCCCGGAGCCUCGCACAAUCGCUUUGAGCACUCAGUAGGGGUCGGGUAUUUGGCAGGCUGUCUUGUCCAAGCGCUGAAUGAAAGGCAGCCGGAGCUCCUCAUCACCAAACAAGACAUCCUGUGUGUUCAGAUUGCGGGUUUAUGCCACGACCUGGGCCAUGGGCCGUUUUCCCAUAUGUUUGAUGGCUUGUUUAUCCCGAAAGUCCGACCUGAACUAACAUGGAAGCACGAGGCCACCUCGGUGCAGAUGUUCGACCACCUGGUGAGGGCAAAUAACUUGGAGCCCGUGAUGGAGGAUUAUGGUCUGUCUUUGCCCGCGGACCUCACCUUUAUCAAGGAACAGAUCGCAGGUCCCCUGGACAGCAGUGCCGCUCGUGCUCAGUGGCCGUACGCGGGCAGAAGCAAGGAGAAAUCUUUCUUGUACGAGAUCGUAGCAAACAAGAGAAACGGCAUCGACGUGGACAAGUGGGACUACUUCGCCAGAGACUGCUACCAUCUGGGCAUCCAGAACAACUUCAAUUAUCAGCGGUUCCUCUUGUUUGCCCGCGUGUGUGAGGUUAAGGGGAAAAAGCACAUCUGUACCCGAGACAAGGAAGUGGGUAAUUUAUACGACAUGUUCUACACACGGAACUGUCUGCAUCGCCGGGCGUAUCAGCACAAAGUGGCCAACAUCAUUGAGGUCAUGAUAACAGAAGCGUUGGUGAAAGCAGACCCUUAUGUUCAGAUCCAGGGUUCAUCAGGAAAGAUGUACAAGAUCUCUGAGAGCAUACAUGACAUGGAGGCCUACAGCAAGCUUACCGACCACAUCUUUGAGCAGAUCCUGUACUCCUCCGAUCCAAACCUGUCCGAGGCCCGGGCCAUCCUCCAGAACAUCACUUGCAGGCGCCUAUACAAAUGUGUGGGGCAGACCACACCUGAGAUACACGUCAAUGUGACCCAGAAAACGCGUCUGGAUUGGUCAUGUGAGAUAGCCAACUCUAAACCUCAGAGCCUUACAGUAGACCUGAAGCCUGAGGACUUUGUCGUCAUCGUGAUUUACAUGGACUAUGGCAUGAAGGGGAAAAACCCCAUUGACAACGUCCAUUUCUACUGCAAAAAGGACCCCACCAAGGCCAUUAAGAUUCGCAAGCACCAGGUGUCUAAGAUGCUGCCUGAGAGGUUUGCUGAGCAGCUGAUUAGAGUUUACUGCAAGAGGACUGAUGAGACGAGUCUGGAGGCUGCCCGGAAGUACUUUGUGCAGUGGUGCAUGAACAGGAACUUUUCCAAGCCACAGGACGGUGACGUCACAGCACCAGAGCUCACUCCUCUUAAAGGAACCUGGAGGACAGACGACACCGACGAAGACAGCGAAUACGAUGACUUCAGCCCGGCGGCGCCGGCAGCCCACGCAACAGUUAACGGGAGUCGAAGCGUAAAGGCCAACCUCUUUCCCGCACAGCGAGAAAACCACAGUUAGAGCGCCAGCGACCGCUUUGAGAUCCAAAGCUCCCGCGCUUCCUCCAGCAAACAUAAUCCUGCUUUAAACUAUUUAGUGCCAACUUUUAUUUUUGGAUUGUUGCUGCUCUGGUGUUGGACAUGUUUUUUAAAGGGGCUGUUAUGUGCAUCAACGGUGUGACCACGCUGUGACCAUGUCCUGUGUCCCAUCAUGCUCUCAAUGUCGUCAUGGCAACGCACAAGCAGGUAGACAUCAGUAGCAGGUAGCUUGCCCUCCAAAAAGAUAAAGUUCCUCACAUAUUUGCUUUCUUUUACAAAUAUGCGACUGAUCUUUUUGUUCUGAUGUGUGCCAGUCACCCGUUCUCCACGUUUGUCUUCGUUUGACAUCUGUAAGAAGUGCAGAAAGUCUGUUUGCAUUUUAAUGUUUUACUGUUUUAUUGUUGUAUUCUCAAGCAGAACAAGCAUUUAACCUGGCUGCAAGUGCACAUAUUUUUUAAGAAUAUUUAAAUGCGUUAUGAGAGAGAACAUGCUGCAAAAAUAUUACUUUGUGUGUGUGUGUGUGUGUGUGUGUGUGUGUGUGUGUGUGUACACAAUAGUAUAGCAAAAUGUGUUCUCUUCAGAAUGUUCUUUUCAGAAAUGUGGGUUAUAUUUAAGUUUGUCUUAUUGUUUAGGGUUUAUAUUGUCAUAUUUACAUUACCUAUGUGGCAUAUCUCUUAUGGUUUAUCAUGUGUUGGAAUUGGAUUUCAUAUUGUGCGGCGAGGUUUGUCUUUUACAAUCAUUCGCUGUGCUUUUUGCUGUGUGUUUUCAGACACUGUUCAGGUGGGGGUUUCUGUGUGUGAUUAAAACAUUAUGCACUUGGAUACAAAA